ACACAUAAAGAAACGUCCGUUAAAGGAGACAGCAGCACAGAAUUAAGCGAGUGUGAAGGGGGAAUUAUAGUAACAUUCAAACCUUUUUUUUUAUUUUUAUCCCUAAGUUUUGUAUGUGCUAAUUUUCUUUUUUUUUUUUUACUUUUAAUUUCCCUUUUUUUUUUUUUUUUUUUUUCCUGGGGUUAACACUGGACACUGAAGACUCCUUUUCCCUCUACAAAGCGGUGUGAAAUAGCCUAAGCAGUUCUGGAAAAAACACAGCAAGAAGAUUUCUAUUCAAAUUUUACUUUCAAAGCACAUCACUUCUUCCCAAGACGGACUUAAAUACACGCCUCUUUGCACAUUAAGAAUGGUUACUGAUAGCCCAAAUGAGAUGCAGCGACUCGUUUUCAGUGGGGUCCUGCAUCUCCCCAAUUUUACAUCCUGGAGGACUGAAACGCAGGGAGGUUCUGAGCAGAUAAUCAGCACAAUGGAAACUCAGGUGUCCAAUGGUCCGACAAGCAACAGUAUCCCCAACGGCCCUAUGAUUAGCACAAAUGUUUCCACUGAUGACAGCAAGACUAACCUGAUUGUCAACUACUUACCCCAAAAUAUGUCACAGGAAGAAUUCAAAAGUCUCUUUGGCAGUAUUGGAGAGAUUGAGUCCUGCAAGUUAGUCCGAGACAAAAUAACAGGUCAAAGCUUAGGAUACGGGUUUGUGAAUUAUGUGGACCCUAAUGAUGCAGACAAAGCCAUUAACACACUGAAUGGCCUCAAGCUACAGACCAAAACAAUCAAGGUUUCCUACGCCCGGCCAAGCUCUGCCUCAAUUCGAGAUGCCAACCUCUAUGUCAGCGGGCUUCCAAAAACCAUGGGUCAGAAGGAAAUGGAACAGCUCUUCUCACAAUAUGGUAGAAUUAUCACCUCCAGAAUCCUGGUAGACCAGGUCACAGGUGUGUCUCGAGGAGUAGGAUUUAUUCGAUUUGACAAGAGAAUAGAAGCAGAAGAAGCCAUCAAGGGUCUGAAUGGACAAAAGCCAUUGGGUGCAACAGAACCAAUCACAGUAAAAUUUGCAAAUAACCCUAGUCAGAAGACAGGCCAAGCACUGCUCACACAACUUUAUCAGACUACUGCAAGGCGAUACACAGGCCCACUACAUCAUCAAACACAACGAUUCAGGCUCGACAAUUUGCUAAACAUGGCAUAUGGAGUCAAGAGUCCUCUUUCUUUGUUCACCAGGUUCUCGCCCAUCACGAUUGACAGCAUGACCAGUUUGGCAGGAGUCAACUUAACUGGAGCAUCAAGUGCUGGAUGGUGUAUCUUCGUUUACAACUUGUCACCCGAAGCCGAUGAGAGUGUUCUGUGGCAGCUGUUUGGGCCAUUUGGUGCUGUCACCAACGUGAAGGUCAUCCGCGACUUCACUACCAACAAGUGCAAGGGAUUUGGUUUUGUCACCAUGACCAACUAUGAUGAAGCUGCAAUGGCAAUUGCUAGUCUCAAUGGGUACCGCCUUGGGGACCGUGUCCUUCAAGUCUCCUUCAAGACAAGCAAACAACAUAAGGCAUGAACUAAAGAAAGAAAGCAAGAAUAAGGAAGGAAGAAAGAUAAUACACACAAUCCCUCCCCUGAAAAUAAUUUGAAGGAAAAAAUGAAGACACUACAACACAAAUGUAUAAGAAGUAAUACUCCUGUGCUUUUGCAAACCAACAAACUUUUUUAUGAUAUGCCAGUGUUAGCUUAUUACACCUAUACAAUAUGCAUAUCUAUCAUAACAAAAGAAUAAGGGAUUUCUUAUCUGACUUGGAAUACUCAUUUUUUCAUAGGUCUGAUAGAAAUAUGAUAAGUCCCACUCCUAGGCUAUGGAGCUUAACUUUGUAACAAUAAUAUGAAUAAUAUUACAAUUUAUGUAUAAACAAACAAAAACACCUUCUUUGAAGGUAACUUACUUUGCUACAGAAAUGCAGCCUUUGGAAAAAAAAAAACUGAAUGUGGGAAAAGCAAAGAUACAGAAAAAAUAACCUUUUCCAGAGUGAAGUGGGGUGUUAUGAAACUGAAUUCCAACACAAAUUAAAAAAGGGAUAUUUAUGAAAUUCAGAUCCCCAGCUCCACAGAGACACAA